CGAGAUAAAUUCAAAUGAGUUGUUUCUUAUAGGUGAUCAUUUAAUAACCAUUAUUAUUAUUUAAUUGCAUAAUUAUGAACAACUAUAUAUAUUAUUUUUUGGUACAUGAUGAACAACUAUAUUUAGUAUAUAAUAUUUGUUUUUAUAAAAAUAAUCAGCUAUUCAAUUAACCUAAAAAAAUCAAUUAUUUUUUAUAAAAAUAUCCAAAAAUAAUAAUAAUAUUUUUCAUCUUCACUAUAACUUACACCGGUGACUAUUAACUCCUUAACUCUUUUCAUUCUUAGUUUAAAUUUGUUAAACUAUCCCAUUCUAACUUUAUAUCACAUUUGAUUCAUUUCUAGUGUGUAUAUAUAUACACAUCAAGUGCUUCAAAAUAACAUAGUUUGAAGCUAGACAACAUCUCAUCAAAAUGGGUUGUUUAGAUGUUUAUCUUCCGGUAAUGGUUAUGAUAGGGUUACAAUUUCAUUAUGCAUUACUUGCCAUCUUUACAAGAGCUGCUCUAUUAGAUGGAUUGACUCCUACUGUCUUUGUAGUCUAUAGGCAAGGCAUAGCCACUUUGUCAUUGGCACCUAUCAUCAUUUCCUCUAAUAAGAGGAGACAAUCUUUGAAGGCUUCAUUAGGAUUAAAGAGUUUCUCUUUGAUGUUUAUGACCGCUCUUAUUGGAAUUACAUUCAAUCAGAAUGCAUAUUUUAGUGGUUUAUUCUAUUCAUCUUCUACAGCAGCAACUGCUAUGAGUAAUUUGAUACCUGCAUUAACUUUUGUAUUUGCAGCAAUUUUGGGAUAUGAGAAAAUUGAUCUUCGAAGUUUAAGAAACGCGGCCAAGAUAUUAGGGACAAUUUGUUGUGUCAGUGGAGCUUUAACAAUGGCAUUUCUCAAAGGAAAUAAGCUGUUACACAUGGAGUUCUUUCCUGAUUCUAAACAUCUCACUGCAAGUGGAGAUGAUACUUGGAUUUUGGGUUGUCUAUUGCUCUUAGCAAGUAGUGUUUUUUGGUCAUGUUGGAUGAUCAUGCAGGUACCAAUUUCUUCAUCCUGCCCGGAUCAUAUAUUGUCGACUUUUUGGAUGUGUCUUUUCUCUACAAUACAGUCGGCUAUAUUUGCAUUGCUCAAAGAGCAGAAUCUUCAAUCAUGGAUUUUAAAUACACCUUUACAAAUUUCAUGCAGUUUAUAUGCAGGAAUUGGAAUUGCUGUUAGUUGCUUUAUUCAAUCUUGGUGCAUCUCAGAAAGAGGUCCUCUAUACUGUGCAAUGUUCAACCCUCUAGCAACUGUCAUCACAGCUUUGGUAUCUGCUACAUUCCUACAAGAAGAGCUAUACAUUGGAAGUUUGGUAGGGGCUAUUGGAGUGAUCACUGGUUUGUAUAUUGUGUUAUGGGGGAAAGCCAAAGACUUUGAUGGGAGGAAACAAGAGCUACCACAACCAAACAUGGUGGAUGAUGAAAUAAGUAAUAGGAUAGAUUUGGAAGAACCACUUCUAGCAGAGAAGUCAGAAUAUGUAACUGAGAGCAAGAUGGAGCCUUAAUGACUUAAACUAAUGACAGUUUUGGUGAAUUUUGAUCAAUCUCGAUUUGAAGAAACGGAAACAGGAUCAAUUAGCAACUUAAAGAACAUAGCUUUAAUUAGUUUCUUCCACCAAAACUCUUAAUGAAGAGAAUGUGAAAUUUUGUCCAGGGAAAAAAUAAGAGUUAAUUUCAUUUACUAGCA